AUGCUACUCUCUAUCAUAAAGUUUCAGAUUCAGAAAGAGUCAUCUGCUUUGCAUACAUCUGCUUUACUUGUUAUGGCUACUGGCAUUGCUCGUCGUGUUGUUCCUGGACAGUCACCUCCUGCUGAUUCAUCAAUGCAGAGAAGAAAUGUGCGUGGGUUAACCCGGGGGAUUGAAGUAUCAAGAACUAUGGCUAUGAAUAACGGAAAUAAGCUUCCCGUGGUUUUUUCUGAAAUUGAAAAGGCACCUAUUUGUUCAAAUGCCCCCAAGUUGUCAUCUGAAUGUGGAAUUAUUGUACGUGGUUUAGCUCCUCUGCAGCACGAAUCCUGGACGAAAAUUCCUGAGCAUUAUCGAAAUGCUUUAAUCGAACGUGUUAAGGACAAGUUUGUUGUUGAUACUGCUGUGCCUUUCAUAAGAAAAUAUUUGAACGACAAUAUGGCAAAAAAAUUUACAAAUCAUCGGAAUAAGUUGGUUAAGCAUUUUAAGAGUUUCGGAACAAUUGAAGAGGCGCGCAUGAAUCCGCAUAGGAAUGUAUCCCAAGAUAGCUGGAAUUAUUUGUGUGACUGGUUCUCUUCGGCAACGUUUCAGAAACGAUCACUAGAUGGAUCUAAUAAUAGGGCAAAAGUUCCCUAUAAUCACUGCGGAGGGUCUCUUCCAUUCGUAGUCCAUCGAGAAUUGAAAAAGGCCCAAGAAGUGCAACAUAUCUACAUAAAAACUUUCCAUGACACCCAUACUCAUAAGGUAAAAAACUCUGAUGAUGAAGAUGAGGUGCAGUGGAUAAGCAAGGAAGCCCAAAUAAGACAUGAAAAGAUGCUUGAGUUGUAUCAACAAGGAAUUACAGAGGGAUCUCAAACUCCUGAGGAGUUGACUAUUUUUAAUGAAGUGACGGGUGCUAAGAAAUAUAAAAGACAACGUGUUUCUUCGGCUUCAUCUUCUGAUGGAGUGGUUAAUGAGUUUCGUGAUUUAAUUGAGAUAUUGAAUGAAAAGAUCAAAAGCUAAGAGGACCAGAUUUUGAAAUAUCAAGAUGAAAUCAAGGAAAUGAAAGAUGAAAAUCAGAAAAUGAAGGAUGACAAUGCUGCUUUUAAGGAAGAUAUGCUUAGUCGACUGGGUUUUGCUCCCGCUAUGUUUAAUAACCUUCCCAUUCCACCACAGGAGCACAAUUAAUGCAAGUUCCAGAUGAAGUUUGUUUAGGUUGCAAGUUUAUCGUUUAAGUUUUUUUAUGUAUGUUUUAGGUUGCAAGUUUAUCGCAUAGUUUGUUUAUGUAAGGAAGUUUGU